AUGUCGUCGCCGCCUCCAAAACAAAGCCCUUUGGAGAUUGCUGCAGAGGCAGCACUAACGGCGGUCGCAUGCUGCGUUCUCACCCCCCUGGUGGUACCUAUUUUAGUAGUGAAAGGCGCCAACAGCUGGAGGAAGCAGUGGAUCAAGAAGAGAGAGAAACAGCGAAGCCAACGAGAGAUCAAGAAGAAAUGCUAUCAGUCUCGGGGCCGCCCUCGGACCAAAAAGAGUUCCGAGGGCACCGGACCCCUUUUCACCCGGCUUCCACCCGAAAUCAGGCGUCGCAUUCUUAUCCAAGCAUUUGGCGAGCGGACCCUCCACCUUGACCUUGCUUUUAUAAGAGGCGGUGGCUCAUCUGCAAAGUGGAGGUGGUACAGCUGUAUCUGCCAUAGCGAUCAACCAGGCCUGCAUCACGACGGAAGGCUUGCAAGGGGGAGAACACCCUGUGGUUACCAUGGAUCGCCGUACGAGAGGGACCAGAGAAACCCGUUGGCAUGCCCCAGAUCGGAUCCAACAAUUCCAGCUCAUGCGGGACCAUGCCCUGAUAAUUGCCGUGUCGGGGCAUCCGGCUGGCUGUUGACAUGUCGGCAGGCAAAUUUGGAAGGGCUUGAGGUCCUCUAUGGGACCAACACCAUUCAUAUCGAUACACGCAUUCUUCUGCUCGGCCUCCAUGAAAUCCUAUCACCGGAAAAGUUGCGCUUAAUGAAGGAUCUCGAAAUUAACGUAUCUAGAAUCAUUGACGUCGCUUCUUACUUCAAAGGGAUCUCCAACGAAACUCCUCCUGAGAACAAAUCAGUUUUGUUUCCAUCUCUACGCCGGUUGCGGUUCACUGUUUCCGGGAUGGACUACUUUCCCCAGGAGGAAGUAGACAAGCUAGCACAACGAAUCCUAUUGCCAGGCACAGAAGUAAUAGUGUCCCGUGAUAAUGAUCUACACUGGCAUAAUGAGGGGAAUAUAGAAAUUAGACCAGACAGUACGUUUCAUGUUAUUUACUUUGUUUUUCAUUCAACGCAGCUAACAAAUACACAGUACUAUAAUUUGUUGUCAUCAAUCUUCUCCUUUUGGCUAUCAUCGGUCGUCGUUACAUGGGCCUGGAAUCGAUGCGAUUAUUUCAGAAUAUGA